AUGUCAUCACGCAGCGCCACGGCGUCCGCGAGUGCAAAUGAAGCAAAGGUAGCCAGUGGCGGGACGACCUCGCUGCUCUCAGCAACGAGUUACGUUCCUGCUGUGCUCGCAAACCCGCUUUCGAUACGGGCAACGGUGCUCCGUCGGCCGGAGUUGUUUGACGCGAUGACACCCGAGUUGGUAGAGGAAGGCGAUAUCCUCUUUGACGUGCUUGCCAACCCACUGCACCAUCCUCGGGUUGCUGGCGAGAGCAGCGACGUCAAGCCUGCGGCGCGGCGAUGCGGUGAGGCAGCCUCCCUCUCGGUGUGCGGGGUUGGCUCUGUUCUCGCGCUACCCGCUUCUAUUGGCAAGUUUUUUGUAGGCCAACCAUUCCGAGCAUUUUUAAGCUUCCACAACGCGGCGACGUAUCCGCUCGUCUCCAUGGGCUUCUCCAUUGGGUGCCUGCACCCGACAUUGCAUCGGUCAAGGAUUGUUGACUACGAGUGCCCUCAUCUGGAGGGCAAAGGCAACGUGUCCUUCACGGUGGAAUGCGCGCUGAAGGAGCCAGGCCAGCACACCCUCGAUGUGCUGGUAACCUACGUCGAUAUCGUCAAGGAGACAAGGCGUCUAACCUGGUCGUUUAGCAUUCAGGCGGAGCGAGCCAUCAUAGAAACGAAUCGGGCUCUUCAGGUUAUUCCCAUCGUAGCUCGACAUGAGGAGAACCGGCUUACGCAGCUGCGCGCGACGGGUCCCACGGCUGAGGAAGUGAUGUCAAAUAUAGCCUUGCCAACCAAAAAAUACGUUCUAUCCAUGUGCCUGCAAAAUGUGUCAUCGGUGCCUUUGGUUCUUCUGGGCGUAAAGCUCCACACGGGGGGCGCUUUUCAGGUUUUGUCACCGCCGCGCCACUCCACUGCGAAACUAGAUUUGACUCCGCCGUCGUGGUGGCCUGCCGGCGUGGCGAAGACGACGCAUCAUGAGGAGGCAUUUAGCAUGCACCACACCGGUGGUGGAACGGGCACCCUGGAAGACGUUCAUUUGCGCCCAAAGGACAAGCAUUAUUACUAUUUUGAACUAGUUAUAAAGCCGGAUUGCCUGCGCUCGCUUCCACUGCGUCACACUGCCUCUGGUGUUGCCGGGGCAGUGGCGUCUCCAAACCUUACAGAUGUUGGAUACGUGGAAUGGAAGUGGUCUCGGGCCAACGGUGAUAGCGGCACGGAGCGCAGUAGCCGAGUGCAACUUGGUCACCUCUUCCUUCAGCCAACGCUGGAUUUUUUUGUGCGAAACGUGACUCCAGACACACCAAGGGCCGGAGAGCCCACAUCCCUCGAGUGCGUUGUUGUGAACUACGACACGGAGAAACAGUUUGAUUUGUCUCUGCGGGUGCGGCCUGAUCUGUUAGCGCCGUCCUUCUUGUAUGCAGGCCCACUACUAAGUCCUUUAGGUCUCAUUGAUCCCCGUGGAACCAUAACCUUUUCUGUGUCGCUUCUCCCGUGGCAACCGGGAUGGAUCACGUUGCAGGGAGGGUUAGAGCUGUGCGACGCGCAGACACCUUCAACUCUGUUGUGGCCACUACCGCCGGCAAGAACUCAGCCCUUGCUUUUACCUUCAUCGACGAUGCCAACGCCGGCGGUGACGGACACACCAGAGCCGCCUUACCCUCCGGUGCUUUGCGAAUUACUUGUCCGCUGA